AUAGCAACCGGACAGUCCAGGCGCGGAGAUGAUGGGCGGGGCGGGGCUAGGCGGCCCGGGGGCGGAGCUCAGUCUGUCCGGGGCGGGGCGCGGGCGGUCCCAAAUCUCCAGUCCACACCGCGGAUUGCGUUUAGGCGGCAGGUGGAGAGUUCUCGCCCUGGGUAGCUGGAGCUUCUACCUGGAAUGGAGGAAGGAGAUAUCUCCGGUUCAUCCGUGCUGUCUGGGGUGACUGAUGGGCAGAACACGACAACAGACACAAACUCCGAAGUCCAGCCGAAGCCCCUUGUGCUCAGGCUCCUGCAGGCGGAGAACGAGCUUGAGGGUGAAGAGGCCGAAGCGGGUGAGGAGGAAAGACAAGGGGAGGAAGUUGAGGAUGGCGAGUUCUCCGAGUCCCCUGAACUCUCCAAGACUCACAAAUCCCACGAGGCCUCCACAUCCUCCAAGUCCCGCAAGGCCAGCGAGUCCCUCCAGGCUCGAAAGGACAGCGAUCCUUCGCAGUCCCGCAAGGCCAGCAAUCUUUCCCAGUCCCGCAAGAUCAGCGAUCCUUCCCAGUCCCGCAAGGCCAGCAAUGUUUCCCAGUCCCGCAAGGCCAGCGAUCCUCUCCAGCCCCGUAAGGCCAGCGAUUCCCGUCAGUCCCGCAAGGGCAGCGAACCUCUCCAGGCCCGCAAGGUCAGUGAGCCUCUUCAGUCACCGCAGGUCCACGCCGGUGGAAAAGGCGACUUGCUUCCGAACGCAGUGAUUACGACCUCCCCAUCUUUGAUAGCCAGAUACCUGCCGCGGCUGCAGCUGGCUUCCUUGAGCGAACACCCUGUUUCUCGUGACCGUAUAAGGAAAUGUUUUUUUUCUAGAAAGCGAAUUGAAGAUCUUUCCAGACCGAAAAAGCAAUGGGGAACUCCAGAUAGAAGAUUGUUUUGGGGAAAUCAAGAUCCUAUUCGCCCUAUUUCUGAGACUGCUUUGAAGGCUCAGCUGUCCAAGAGACUUGAGGACCUUGCUCAGCCCAAGCUGGUUUCCCGACACUAUGUCCCUAACAGGGCUCAGUAUUACUACAGCUGCGGAAGACAGUCUGUAAUUUGGGAGAUCCCUCCUCCUGCGCUGUUUACCCGGCCUUCUAAACGGAUCCAGAGGCUGGCAAUACCCAACAGAUUCAAAACACAGUGUCUGCUGGAUAGCGAGGACUUACCUCCGCCGGGGACUUUACGUUUCUCUGCUCCGUCUGCCCGGAUUCUGCAGCUCUCCGUAGCCAAAGGCCCAGAUCCCAACUACGUUCCUCCGAAAAGCAUUGAAACCAAGAUCUCCUUCUCUACCCUGAGUGCUGUUGCAAGUCCCAGGAUUGUAGACCUUGCCCACCCGAGGAUCAAGAUAGAGGGUCUAUGCUAUGAGAGAGAGAAGAGUGAAUUGCCCAUCCGUCCCAUAUCCCCUGCUGCCCUGCUGGCCAAACCUACUAGCCGAACAAUAACCCUAGCCAAGUUCAAACCUGUUCAUGAAGAUUAUCUCCCUGUCCGAGAUGCCCGAUGGCCUGUGUCUUCUGCUGCUGCCCAUCCUCGGGUGUCUGAGAGAAUCCAGGAGCUAGCUAAUCCACCCUCAAGGGCUUCAGUGCAUGUUGUAUUCUACGACCCAGACGUGUUUAAAGUCAAGCCUGCUGCUUUGAAAGCACAGUGUUCUGCCAGGGUCAGGGAGCUGGCGGAACCCAUCAUGCGCUAACUGCAGCAAGCCACCCGAGGCAGACACGAGUUACGUAUCCGGAACACGUAGCAGAUGACUUGGUUCCUUUGCCUUGGUAUUUACAUCUUACCGAUCACCUCCCAAACGUGAGACCUCCAGGGAACACCACCGCAAGCGUCAGAUAGGCAGUGUCUGUGAUCUUGUCUUUACCGAGUUUGGGGACUCCACCCUGCAUUAAAGGGGGAACCGAUACCUGCUUCGUUAUCCCUCCCACUCACACGGGCAUCACGGCGGCUCCCUGGCUGUGCUGCGCGGAGGACUUGGUCUCUCACAUUUGUGUGCUUUGCACACACAUACACACACACACACACACACACACACACACACACACACACACACACCUCUCCCCGCCCCCAAUUCUAUCUCCCGCCCUUCUCUACAAAAUCCUGGGCAUUGAGGUCAUUCUUAGUGUGGCCUUGUCCAUCUCCCUUCAUCAUGGGCGAAAACACGGACACGAAGAACUAGCUUCUUUGGAUGAGAUGAAAUGGUUCUCAUCGUCCCUAUUAGGGAACUGCUUGCUUGCUUCAACAUCUCUACAGGUCUCCGCCGCCUCACUCCAGGCUCGCAGCCACUCACCAUGAAGGACAGGAAAGAGACAUCCACAUGGUGAACCAGUGUGCACCUGUAAUCCCAGCUACUAAGGGAAGGCAGGGGGAGGGAGGAUCGCAUGAGCCCAAGAGCUUGUCAAGAGCAGUGGGCAACAGUGACAUCCCAUCUCAGAAAGAUAAACACAGUUUUGUUUUGUUUUUUUUUAAAGAAAAGGCUUGGUGAUGUGGUACAUGUCUAUAAUCCCAGAAUUUGGAAGGCAGAGGCAAAAGGAUCUACUACGUAAAAAGACCCUAUCUUGGAGAGGGGGUCAAGACGUUGUUUUUAAUGGCAAGCAUGAAAACUUCUCUAUCACAUUGUAUCUGCUUAGAGUUUUAGUUCUAUUUUUACAUCACUAUUUCAAAAACUUUAUUUUUUUGUGGGACAUGCCUAGAUUGGAAUGAAAGUGAAUUUACUUGAAAUCUUAUUUUACAACGAAAGGGCUAUCUCUUCAAGGAUGUGGAAAGGCAGUAUUAUAUAAUAGUUCUGUUUUGUUUUACUUGGGGUUAGGCAGAUCUGGGUUUGUAGCUCUCCUGGGCCAUUACCGGACAUUUGAGCUUAAACCAAUUGUCUCACGCCCUAUGCGUCUGUUUCCUGAUAUAAAGAAGGUUCUUCCCGCAAUGUUGAAAAGAUUAAAUGGAAAAAAAAAUCUAUGUAAUAAAGUGUGAGUUUGAAUUAAA